GGUAAUUAGCCGGUGUAGAAAAGUUAGUUUCGAGGGUGAGAGGUACGCCCCUUCUUUUACAAUUCACUCGACCACAGAGCUUUCUACUAGACUGUAGUCUACCCAGCUAAAAUAAUGGAUCCACAGACAUUUAACAGCUUAAAAUCACAGCUUGAGCAGCCAUUUUUCUCCAACAAAAAGUCUGCUCUGGAGAGCUUCCUUCAAAACUACUGGUUCUCUGGAGAGCAGACUGCGGAAGUGAUAGGCAACUUUCCUCAUGCAUCUGAAAAGACCGAAGUGCUGGAUUUGAUUGAGCCGAGGCUUACAGUUUUGACUGGAAGUGAUGCAAAAAAAGUUGUCGCAGCCUUCACCUUUGCAGAUGGGAAAUUGAAAGCAGUCGGAGUAGUCGCAAACCACAUCAACGACCCAGUUGGUAAAUAUACUGUUUUGGAGGCUAUCGACUUUCAUUUUGACAAAGAAAAGGCUCAAAAAAUUCUCGAUGAAGCACGACCUCCUGUAGUGGCACAGUGUCCAACUGGACAAUCUCAGCCAUACGGCCAACCACCACCUCCUCAUGCCCACCCAUACCAGCCGCCAGCACAACCGGCUCCCUACCAGCAACCUCCCCAUGGUGUCCCGUACCAGCAACCUCCUCAUGGUGCCCCGUACUCUCAACCACCACAGCAGCAACCGUAUCAGCCCCCACCGCAGCAAGCCCAACCAUACCAGCCACCGCCUCAGAGUACACCAUACUCGCAAGCACCGGGAUACCCAAGCCAAGCCCCGCCGUAUGGAGCUCCCCCUACUGCAGCCCCGUUUGCCCCACCACCUACCUCCCAACACCCCCCACCCUAUGGAGGACCCCCUGCUGGUGGGAAUCCUUACCAUCCCACACAAGGAGUGCCCCCUCCGAAUGCGGCAUACGCCCCACAAGGAGGAGCAUACCCCCCACAGGGAGGCCCACCUGCUGGAUAUCCAAACACUUAUGGUUACCCACCUCAGUAGGUUAGUAGAUAAAGUUAUAUAUGAUUUUAGUUAUACUACAAUUGUGUUACUUCAAUUGAAUUUUAACUUUUAGAGUUUUGAGUUUUUUGCCUGUACAUGUAGCUAGUAUCUAGUAUCUAUAUAGUUGUAAAUUUAGUUGAGUGUCAACAACAAUUUUUAAUUUUGG